AAAAUGGUCAUGUGAAAAUAAAACAAUAAUGAACUCUUAGGUCUUAGAAUAAGUCUACUUUUUUUUUUAAAAGUUGUCUUUAACUUUAGAGUCUAGCUCUAUCUAGAUCUAGAUAUCUAAUUGUGUUUCUACACAUUUCAACAAUGGAUAAUAGACAUUAACUAAUUGUACCAAUUUGUGCGUCGCUGUAUUUAUCUACUCUAGUCAUUAUCGAUUGUACACAACAUCGUCAACAUCGAUCAUCAUCAUACAUCAAACCGAAUUUUAUUAAAAAUAUUUUGCUAAAAUAAAAAAUGCCACACAAUGCUUAUGAAGCUAUUCCUAUUUUAGAAAAACUUCCUCUAACUAUUGAAUCUAUAGCUUGCUAUGAGUCAACGCUACUUGUGGGUACCAAGCAAGGAGUAUUACUAUUAUACAAAGUGAUCAAACAGAAAUCUAGAGGUACCAAUGGAGAAGUUAAAUUUGAUGUUACUCUGGACAGGUCAAAUAAAUCUUUUGCUAAAAAGCCCAUUACCCAGCUAGCAGCUGUCCCUGAAUUGUUCCUUUUAAUUAGCUUAUCAGACAAUGUGAUUAGUGUCCAUGACCUGACCAACUUUCAACAGAUAUGCUGUGUCCAGAAGACUAAAGGUGCUACUCUAUUUGCUGUUGAUGUCCAGAAAAGAGAGACUCAUACUGGCAUUGAUUAUUAUCUAAGAAUGGGAGUAGCUUCAAAGAGGAAAAUUCAGUUAUUCUACUGGGAAAACAGAGAGUUUCAGGAAUUAAGGCAAGAUCUCAGUCUGUAUGACUUCCCCCAUGCCCUGUCUUGGUGCCAAAAUUCACUGUGUGUUGGAUUCAAGAGAGAUUAUUUCAUGAUCAAUACCAAGUCAGGAAACCUUAAAGAGUUGUUCCCUGUUGGUGCAAGUCAACCAGACCCUUUGGUGACCCCCCUCAGUGAUAAUCGGCUUGCGCUUGGGAGAGACGCCAUGUCCAUUCUUAUUAAUGCUGAUGGAGAUCCCACACAAAAAGAACCAAUCACUUGGUCAGACAUUCCAAUUGCAAUGGAACACUGCCCACCUUACCUUAUAGCUAUUCUAAAUAAAUUUGUGGAAGUUCGUACGAUCGACCCAAAGAUGAUGAUUCAGAAUAUUUCACUUCCCAAAGCUCGCUUCAUUUGUCAGGGGAGUGGCUCCAUCUAUGCUGCUUCCCCUAACAAUGUCUGGUGUCUUGCACCCGUUCCAAACUCUGAACAAAUUCGUCAACUGCUGACCGGAAAAGAAUUUGAACUGGCACUCAAGUUGGCCGAGCUUGCUGAUGAGGAACCAACAGAGAAACAAACACGUAUGCAGAACAUAAAAAACCUUUAUGCAUUUCACUUGUUUUGUCAGAUGAGAUUUGAUGAAUCCUUAACUUUGUUUGCUAAGCUAGGAACUGAUCCAUCUCAUGUUAUCGGUUUAUAUCCUAACCUCUUACCAGAAGAGUUCAGAAAGAAACUAGAGUAUCCAGAUAAAGUGCCGGAUAUUAGUGGUUCAAAUUAUGAAAAGGGAAUAAUGGCCCUUAUAGAAUACCUUACUCAAAAACGGAAUGAGUUGAAUAAAGAAGGCUACAAGGAAACAUCCACAACGGCAAUAGUUGAAGGGAAUAAAACCAUUACCUCCAGGAAACAGUUGAGUCAAAUAAUAGACACAACGUUACUGAAAUGUUACUUACAGACCAAUGAUGCACUAGUUGCUCCUCUACUCAGGCUGAAAGAUAAUAAUUGUCACAUUGAGGAGAGUGAACGGGUCCUGAAGAAGAAAGAAAAGUUUUCCGAGCUUAUAAUUCUCUAUGAGAAGAAAGGACUUCAUCAAAAAGCACUGAGUACUUUGAUGAAACAAGCUGCUAGACCAGAGUCACCAUUGAAAGGACACGAGAGAACAGUUCAGUACUUACAGCAUCUAGGUAAAGAUCACAUUGAUUUAAUAUUUGAAUAUGCCGUCUGGGUUUUAAAACAGUAUCCUGAAGAUGGUUUGAAGAUAUUCACUGAGGACCUACCAGAAAUAGAAAAUUUACCUCGAGAUCAAGUCUUAGAUUUUCUGGAAAAAGUCAGUCCAGAUUUAGCCAUACCCUACCUGGAGUACAUUGUCUUUGAGCGUAAAGAUCAGAAAGAAGAAUUUCACAAUAGACUGGUGGAUGCUUACAGAGAAAGAGUGCAGAAGUUGGAUGAAGAAAUUAAUUCUUUCCCUGAAAGUCAAAAAGCAGGAGCUAAAGAAAUGCAACAAAGGUCACUGAGAGAUGAAUGUAAAAAGAAACUGAUCUCAUUCUUACUCCAGUCAAAGCAUUACCUGCCAGAAAGACAUUUGACCAAGUUUCCAACCAAUGGGUUCCACGAAGAGCGGGCUAUUUUGUUAGGUCGACUAGGGCGGCAUGAGCAGGCACUGGGCAUUUAUGUCUACACUCUCAAAGAUUUUCAGAGAGCAGAAGAUUAUUGUGCUAAGAAUUAUGACAGCAACAAGGAAGGAAACAAAGAUGUGUACUAUCUUCUGCUCAAGUUAAUAUUGAAAGCCACAGAUGGACCACAGAUGAAUGGGCCCAGUGGAAAACAAUUGGAGAGUGCUUUAAAACUUUUGGAGGACCAUGCCAUGAAAAUUGACACUGCCAAGGCACUGGAGCUUCUUCCCUCCACAACAAAACUCACUGAUAUUUUAGCAUUCCUUGAGAAUGUUUUGGAGCAUCAGACGGCCCACAGGAGGAGCAAUCAAAUCCUGAAGAGCAUUUUGUAUGCUGAGAAUCUUCAGGUGACAGAACACUUGAUCCACAAACAAUCUGUCAAAAUCAUCGUGACAGAGGAGGACAUGUGCCGGUCCUGUAAGAGGCGCAUAGGACAAAGCGUCUUUUGCCGUUACUCCAAUGGUCACUUGGUCCACUACUCCUGCUACACUAAGGACUUGACCAGUAAGAACUGACCUCUCAGAGAGUCCCUCAUUGGCCAUAGCGUGUUUGCAGAUCAAGAAAGUGUUGACCAGUAUGCAGCAUCGUGUCCAGCAUCUGUCCACUCUGUCCUCUCUAGUCUUUCAUCUGAUGGCAGUGUAGAAAGCCACAAAGUAUUUGUACAGAAGUCACAUUCAAAUGAAUUGUUCAAUGUCCACUAAAUGGGAAGUUCUGCGAGAUUUGGCGCCUAGUCUUCAAAACUAUGGAGCUGGUCACAAUGUACUUAUUUCUUCAUUGAUUAUAAUUAUUAUUGUUUAAAAAAAAACAACAUAUUUUAAUUUGUAGGAUUUUUUUUCUUUUUUUAAAUCUUUUUUUUGUUCUCUUACAAAUGUAUUACUAAUAGCUAAGACAUAUGUUUUGUGGUAGUAUUAGCUGCAGGACUGUGCUGUCAUCCUUACCGUCUAGAGUACUCUAGAGUCUAGGUGUACAUGCACAGGUAUUUAUAAUAGCUUGUAUACACAAAUAAAUAGUUCUUUCAAGUCUAGAAUUAGUAGAAUGAUAUUUUCUGCUUUGGAGCCACUAAACUUGCUUGACUAGAACCAGUGAUGCGUAACAUUUUCUUGUCCUGAGACGAAAUCAAUUUACAGCACUGGCCGUAUCACAUAAACAACAGGGGGAAAAAAAUAAUCUAUUAGAACCAAACGUCUAUGGCAGAAGUUAAGAGGGUCCGAUAUCACCGCUUCGCGGGCUUAAAAGGCCCGUGGGCGUAGUUUGAAACGUAGGGCAUCACUAGACCAUAUUCAUUCCUGAAAAAAAGAA